GGACUCUCUCUCUCUCUUUCUCUCCCUCUCUCUCUCACACACAGACAGACACCUUCGGAGCAGCAGGGACAUGACUGAAAGGACUUGUCCAACGGAGAAACGCUGGCGGUUCUGACGCUGAUGGUCCUGGAGGCGCAGCUCACCACAGACAGGGUGAUGUCUGCCAUAGACGCCGGUACCGCUGUGUACCAACCCGCCCAGCUGCUCAACUGGGUCUACAUGUCUCUGAGGGACUCUCCCAACGCCUCGGAUGCGUUCACAGCCGAACUGGACACUCAGGACUUGAACUGCACCAAGCGCAGCGCGGCUGAUCUGAGCUCCAAGUGUGUCAGUAACUUCUUCCACCUGAGGACUGAGGCCUUGACCGGUGCUUUCUGCAAGAGUUCCUCACCAUAUGGGUCCCUCUGCAAUAUUGUGGACGGCCUCAACUCUCUGACGGACCACUUCUCGGACCUGUCCCUAUCAUCCGACGCUCGCAAAGCCAGCAAGAAGCCGCCGCCCAACUACCUGUGCCAUCUCUGCUUCAACAAAGGUCAUUACAUCAAAGACUGCCCUCAGGCUCGACCCAAAGGUGAAGGCCUGACCCCAUAUCAGGGAAAGAAAAGAUGUUUUGGUGAAUACAAAUGUCCAAAAUGCAAGAGAAAAUGGAUGAGCGGCAACUCUUGGGCCAACAUGGGACAAGAAUGUAUUAAGUGCCAUAUCAACGUUUACCCUCACAAACAGCGACCUCUGGAGAAACCAGAUGGUUUGGACGUGUCGGACCAGAGCAAAGAGCAUCCACAGCACCUGUGUGAAAAAUGCAAAGUUCUCGGCUACUACUGUCGCCGCGUGCAAUAACGGCCCCGCCCCGCCUUCCAUAAGCCAAAGGAAAGUUCUGUUUUAAUGACUAAAAACAUACAACUUGUACUGUAAUGCUAAUAGUUUAUAAAGUAUUCUCUGUGAUAUUCAGUAUUAGAGGCUCAUUGCGGCAGAAAAUUUGUAAAGUGUCUCAGUGGAAACGAAUGCUUUGUAUUUGCAGUUAUUGUAACUUGGGCUGAUUUUAUUAUGUGAAUAUUCAUUUGAAGUCUUUGUUAUGAAUCUUCAACAUUACCGACUGUGAAAACGUAAGUUUGCCUUUUUCCCGUGUCCAACAUAUUGGAACAAAGUCUAUCCUGUGAUAAGAGAAGUUUAAAAUGUAUUGUUUUUACACAUUUGUAUAUUCCAGAAAUAAGUUAAGUUGCGUUUCAUGAUUUUUGUUUCUGUAUAAAAUAUGAAAGUCUUUACCUAGGACAUAUAUUAGUCACCUGUAUCUGCAUUAUAAGUUGAAUUAUCAUUUAUCAAUACCAGAUGGUACAUAUUUUUUAAUGUUUUAAGGAGUUAUACUACCUAAAGGAAAAUAUUCGACAAACUAUUUUUCUUUGUAUACAAAGUGCUUCGUUACUUAUAAAUUGUUGUUUGCAUAAUUUCUGAUUCUAGUGGGGGUUAGACUAAAAAUGUACCAAAGACCAAACGGUUGAGCACGUUGAAAGUUUGUGAAACUGGAAUUGUGAUGGAAAGUGAAAACAAGUAGGAUGUGACAAACACCUUUUUAUGUGCCUUAUUUUCUAAGUACAGAUGUUACGAUCACAUUCACAAAGUAAUGAACAUGAACUAUUACACAUUGUAGGACCUGUUAUUGAGACAUAGAAUUGUUUUUAUUAAUAUAAAUUGGAAGUUGGGGCAGGGUACUUCUAGUUGUGCCGAUGCCAUAAACAAGAUGUCCUGAAGUGCCUUAUAUUAAAACCGAUUUUAGACACU